AUGGAUCAAUGCAAAUACCCAAACUCUCCCCAAGGCGCUGCAAAACUUUUCACAAACAACCCGAAUGUGAGUGAAAUGGGCGUUAGGAUCCGCCUUUAGAAUGAAUGCCCUCCGGCAGUGAUCGGCAUGAAGAAUCAAAAUCUUUUCCUUCAAGAAAGCGAAAGCGACAUCGCCUUCUGGAUUCCGCACAAAACUGGCUCCGGGAACUGGAAUCAGCGGGUUCCCUUCGAGAUUCGAGACGCGAAAAGACCUCAGGCUUAA